UCCGGUAACUGACAUAAAUUGACGUCUUUUUGUGCGAAAAAAUGAAUGCUAAAUGCAACAACCAAGCGUUAGCGCCUAGAAGCAGAUAACGAAAAACGAAAAUUUAAAACGAAUUGCUUGUGUAUAUAUAGAGUGUGAAGGGUAAAAAUGUCACGUGUAUAUAUAAGCAAAAUAUUUAUUUGGGUAUAGUUCUAAAUAAAUUGUGCUAAAGCAUAGUGUCGGAAAAGCAGCGGGUCGGUGUAGUAAAACGGAAGUUUGUAAAAACAGUAUUUGUGAAGUGAAUGUGAAAAAAAUUGCAACAAAAAACGUGUAAAGCAGUCACGGGUCCAAGUUUAAAAAGUCGUUUGUUAAAUUAGUGUGUCGAUAAUUUGUGAUUAUUUGAAUUGGAAGGGCCUAGUCUUUCGCUUCCCAAGUCGUUCUCAAAAAAAACAAAAAAAAAAAAAAAACUAAUCAAUCAACUUCCUAUUUCAUGGAAUAGCUAACACGAAAGAGAAAAGGAAACGAAAAAGUUAGCCCACGUCCGUUAAAUAUAGACUUUUUUUGAACACACACAAAUAAAGGCGCAACCAUUUACGUGUUUCUGCUACUUUAGCGCUUCCGAAUGCCAUGAUUUAUCAGCAUGUGGACGUAUAUGAUGGCCGCCAGCCGUGGAGAACGGGCGAGCAUGAUGAUGUCCGCAUCGAGACGUCGCAAUGAGAGUGAAUCACCGAAAUAUGGUUACAAUUUCGGCCGUUCAAUGCCCUACCGUUCGACUGCUCGCCACAAUGUGCUGUCACUGCACUCGACGAGCUCAACACUUCCGCCCGGCGCCUAUACGCCAUACGCGUCCACCUCCAACACAAUGCCCUACUAUGAGUCGCAUCACCAAAGUGGUAGCCAUACCGCCGCCGAUGCAAACCUGCCAAGCGCUAGCACUAGUGCCGCUUCCACAGUCAGUCCGCCGCCAUUUCAUACGUACGCCGCCGGCGCUGCACUGCAACGACUGCCGCCACAUAAUAGCCACCAUCAUAUCGGACAUGCAACGGCAGCGAUAGAUGAGGAUGGCACCAGCCUCUUUUCGCCCCUCUCACCGUGCACGCCGCUCACCGUCGCUGCCGACAAGGACACACACAUAUUCGUAUACAAGGGCGCGAAAGCGAAAACGACACGUAAACGCCUAAUAGCCAAUCAUGUUGCCAAUCAUGUUGGUGAAAUGAUGCGUGACGAGAACUUGAGUGUGGGAGAAACGCGCCGCAAGUCUUCCUUUGAAGUGAGUGAUGAAGAUGACCCUGUUGGUUUGGUCGAUGAAGUGGAGCGGCGCCGGCGGCUCGUGGGCGUAGCAAACCGUCUUGCGCGUGCCGAUGAACAGGGUGCAGGUGCAGGUGGAGGAGUAAAUCAUGACGCUGGUAUAGAAAGCAGUGGUGCAGACGAUGACAGCGUCGAAGAAGAUUAUUUGGAAUUGGAAAGUGGCAAGCGGAUGUCACAGG